GGCUUUGAUUGUUCGUUCGGCCCCUUCACGCUUUCCUUUGUUCUUCGAGUGGUUUGGUUUAGAUCUGAUCCAUCUUCGCAAAUCUGGCUCUCUCUGGAAAUUCUCUUCCGAUUUUCUUCUGGGCACCAUUAUAUAAGUUGUGGAUGUGUUAACUUUACGUAUUGAGAGAAUAAUAUGCUUUGGUUGAGCAUAUCCAUUGAUGUAUUUCGUAAAGUUGUGCAUUUGAUCGUCUACUGCAGGGUUAUUUUGUAGAUCACUUUUUGUAUAGAUAACACUGAAUUGUUCCUCCCUGAGCUCCUUCUUUCAAUCAGCCAUGGGUUCCAAUCACUUUUUUAUCAUUUCCUGUAAUAUCUACAUUAGCUGAAAAACUUCCUGUCCUCAAACACCAUUUUGGUUUUGGUCUUCUGUUUUAGUCUUACUUUUUCUGCCCCUUUGUCAAGGAAUCUAGAUAGCUCAUUAAAUUUCCAGUUAAACUCUGCAGUGAAUAUUCUCCGUUUAAGGUUCAGAAGUAGUUAUGGUGUGCCAAGCUGCAACCCAGACAAGAUUUCGGACAUUGAAACAUGAGAAUGGAAUUGCAGGAAAACCAACAAUUAUUGUUAGAGUGAUCGCAUGCUUUCAACCUUUGCAGAAUUGUCAGGCCGAGUAUUUUCGACAAUUGCUUAAGCCUGUCACGUAGAUUGAGUAGCAUUUAUUUCUCUUAAGCUGGACUCUUGCGAACUUCUUUUUCUCUUUGUUCCUGAAAGCAUUUUGCAGAUAACUCCCAUAGCAAACUAGAGCACAACAUUUUGAGGUGGUUGUUUUGCGGUAUGGUUGGGACUGAUAACUCUCGGCUUGAUUUUGAGCAUUUUGCUUGGCAACUGCACAAUCGUGAUUCCAUGAAUGCACCAGUAGAGAUCAAGCAACAGGAAAGCUUACAAAGGAAUAUCAACUGUGGAAAUUGCAUACUUCCCACACGUGUGGGAGGAAUGCAAGGGUUUGCAAUUCCACCAUUACCCAGUUUUAAAGUGGAACAGCUAAAUGUUGUUCAGGAGUCACGUCAAUGCUUACCCCCUCAUUUCCAGAACUCACUUGGUACUCCAAUGCCUUGGCAGAAAGGAAAGGAAUCUAUGCAUUAUGCUCAUGCUGGACCUAGUGGGAUGCCUGUGUCAAAAUCAAAUAAUGGCUCAUAUCCGAAAGGUUUUCUUAUCUUUGAUCAAUCUGGAAACCAGAAGAGAUUGAUGUAUGCUCCUAUGUGUCCUCCUGUCUAUAUUCCCUCAACUUUUGCUGAAACCAAGCGUUGUGGUUGGCUUGAAGAAGAAGGGGCAGCUGGAGACAUUAAUUCUGUCAAGUAUUUUCCAAAUACUCUGUCCAAUGAGAAUUAUGUAGCUGAUGGAGAGAGUGAAAUGCAUGAAAACACGGAAGAAAUAGAUGCAUUACUUUACUCAGACUACGACUGUACUAGUUGUAGUAGUGACGAUGAAGUGACUAGCACAGGACAUUCUCCAGAGAUGAUCCAUGAGCAUUGUGAGAAGGACGAACAAUGUCAAGAAACUACUACCGAAGCUGCUAGUUCUAAUGGCCCAAGAAAAAGGCAGAGAGUGCAUGAUGGGGGCUACGUAAAAUCACUGCCAAGUACUACGGCUUCUUCUGCAAGAGUUGAAUUACAGAAAAUUGUCAAUGACGCAGAAUCUAGCUGUGGCAUGGUCCAUGAGGAAGAGGCUGGAACAGAUGUUGAUUUUUGCCAUUCUUCUUGCAAGAAAGACAGGAUCAAGGAGACGUUGAGAGUACUUGAGAGUUUAGUUCCUGAUGCUAAGGGAAAGGACCCAUUGUUGGUUAUUGAUGAAGCUAUUGAUUACUUGAAGUCCUUAAAACAUGAAGCUAGCGCUCUAGGUGUGAGCUGCUAUUAGAUCGCAUGCCCCGAAUUUAGAUGAUGAUGGUGUGGUAACUUAAGAAUUCUUAUUUUGGAUUUUGAUGGAUGCAAGAUCAGUUUGUGAUGGGUUAGCAAAUGGAGGUAUAAUGUCUGGAUAACAUUGAACCCAGCCGGUAAUGAGUGAAUUAUUGCCAUUUUUAUUCGUUGACAAGACAUGAUUAUGUUUGAUGCUUUUAAGGGACUAAAGAUCAGGGGAAAGUCGCAAAGAUUUGAACGCAUGGGAUGUGAUAGUGGUGGGUUAUGCCGAGAAAUUAAAGACCCCACCUUUUCCAGCAAUUCGGAGAAUCUCCCAGGAUUGAGUGCAUGCGCAUUAGGUAACUGAGGUCCCACUUUCCACACUUUUUUCUGGAUUAUGUGCUAUGUCUUUACCCUUAUUACUCAUUUAUAGAGAUUGUGCUGUAAAAGUGGAGCUUGUCCAUUGUGGUGUUAGGUAGAUCUUGCACGGUUCGAGUUUUGAUUAUGAGAGCACUAUGAAACUUUUGACUGAUAUCAGCUUUGGAGAUAGAUUUUAGUUUUGCUAUUAGGUGUUGCGUUGAUGUAAUAAUUGAGGUGUGAAUGCUUUUGUGAGUCUAUCAUGUUAUAUGUACUGCUUUCUCUAUGCUUGUACUUGAUCUAAGCCUUGAGAAUACUGGCUGUAUAAUUAUAUUGUUGAUGAAUUAUACAAUGCGAGAUUGUUUGCUAA